GUAGCCUGCCCUAUGAAUACAAGAUUGUGAUAGCAGGAAAUCAUGAAUUGACCUUUGACCAGGAGUUCAUGGCUGACUUAAUCAAGCAGGACUUUUACUAUUUCCCCUCUGUUUCUAAGCUGAAGCCAGAGAGCUAUGAAAAUGUACAGGCUCUUCUAACAAACUGCAUCUAUCUUCAAGACUCCGAAGUGACGGUGAGGGGGUUCAGAAUAUAUGGCUCCCCUUGGCAACCUUGGUUUUAUGGCUGGGGCUUUAAUCUUCCACGAGGCCAAGCACUAUUAGAGAAAUGGAACCUUAUUCCAGAUGGAAUAGAUAUUCUUAUAACACACGGACCACCUCUCGGUUUUCUAGACUGGGUUCCUAAGAAAAUGCAACGGGUAGGAUGUGUUGAGCUGCUGAACACAGUCCAGAGACGAAUACAGCCAAGGCUUCACGUUUUUGGACAUAUCCAUGAAGGUUAUGGCGUCAUGGCUGAUGGAACUACUACCUAUGUGAACGCCUCUGUGUGCACUGUGAACUACCAGCCACUUAACCCACCUAUAGUUAUUGACUUACCGACUCCGAGGAACACAUGAUUGUAGCCAGGAUUGAAGGUCGUACC